UAUUUAACCAAGCGAUGGGAGCUCCCUCUGACUGACUUGCACCUUUAGAAUUUCGCUGUAGAAACGAGUUUGGGGAAGUCGGUUGGAAUACCUUGGAAGAUUUGAAAAACUCAUUAUCAAAAAGCCUCACUAUGACAACUGAAGCAUUCACAGAUAGUGGCCGUAUUUUGAAGAUGGAGGUUGAUUAUUCAGCCACCAUUGAAAAUAAAGUUCCUCAGAGUGAAAAAUUAGCCAAGGAAGGAAAACUUUCAGAAGCUUUGGACAUUCUACUGACACUAGAAAAACAAACAAGAACAGGAGCUGACACACACUCUACAAGUAAAGUACUUGUAGCAAUUGUUCGUCUGUGCUUUGAAGCCAAAGACUAUAAAGCUCUUAAUGAGAAUAUUGUAUUAUUGACAAAAAGACGCAGUCAGAUCAAACAGUCGGUAACCAAAAUGAUCCAAGAAUGUUGUUCAUAUGUCGACCAAAUGCCUGAUAAAGAAACUCAGCUUCUGCUGAUUGACACACUACGUACAGUCACUGCAGGCAAGAUUUAUGUAGAAGUUGAGAGAGCUCGACUUACUCACAAACUAGCAAAAAUGAAAGAAGAUGAGGGUAAUACAGAAGAAGCUGCAACAAUAAUUCAAGAAUUACAGGCAUUAAAGAACGUUGUCCUGUACCUUAUUCUCUCUCCAUUUGAUAAUGAACAAUCUGACCUGAUUCAUCGACUUAAAGAGGACAAAAACCUAGAAGAAAUUCCAAAGUUUCGAGAUCUGUUGAAACUGUUCAUUACACCUGAACUGAUUCGUUGGGAAGGACUUUGCCAGGGCUAUGAAGAGAUUUUGAAAGAAGGAACUUCUGACUGUCCCGCUACAGGUGUUUUCUCUAAGGAUGAAAUGGGGGAGAAGCAUUGGGAAGAUAUGAAAAAUCGAGUAGUAGAGCACAAUAUAAGAAUCAUGGCCAAGUAUUACAUGCGUGUUACCCUUAAAAGAAUGUCGGAACUUUUAGAACUGUCACCCGAGGAGACAGAGGAGGUUUUAUCAAACCUCGUGGUUAACAAGACAGUUUGGGCAAAAGCAGAUCGAUUAGCUGGUAUUAUUAAUUUUUCCCAGCAGAAAGAUCCAAAUGAGGUUCUCAACGACUGGUCUCGCAACCUGAACUCUCUGAUGCAGUUAGUAAACAAGACUACGCAUCUCAUAAACAAAGAAGAAAUGAUACACAAACACUUACAUGUUGAAGCAUAACAGAUAACUGUAAACAUUUCAUGGCUUUCUGUCCUUUUUAAUUAACAUUUGUGGCAGCAAAUUCGGUUUUGUUGUAAGGGUAUUGUAUGUUUGCAUGCUCUGCAGGCCAUAGUUAUUGUAAUUUUGCUCUUAUGCCCACCCCUUUAAAGGAAAUUAAAAGAAAAACAAGUUUUAAUGCAGUCAGAUUUUAGUAUAAUAGUUUUCUUUGUAACUUUCACUUCAUUAUAAUGACGUUAAUGAAAAUAUACAGAAAAUAUUGUGUGGUCUUUGAAAUAAAUCUUAAAAUCUACAGUUACUAAAAAUAUGAACUAUUUGAAGCAAGUGAAAGAAAAAUAGUGAUAUUUUUAUUUUUCCAAAUUGGGUAUUAUUAAUCUUAUUUGAGAAGUAUUUUAUGAACAGUAAUUAUUUUGUUAGAAUAGCAAAUCUAAAACUAUGUACAUACCUGAGGUUUUCAAUACUGUAAAAUGUAUUACUGGAGAAGUUUUUCAAAGAAUGCAUUGAAGAGAAAUGAACUCCUCUCAGUACUAUAUCACAAUUGUCAGUAAUAUUUGUAAUUUCCUGUUUACUUACAAUACAUAAUCUUGGAAUGAUAAGACCCUAAAGAUGAACAGUAAAAAUGUAACUUAAAAUUUCGAAUCUCUUUCUGUUGAUCACAAAACGAAAAUGAGACUAUGUUCACCAGACAUAAUAUAUAUAUAUAUAUAUAUAGGAAUACUAAAAAAAUUUAAAUAUGAUUUUUGAGGUUAUACAAGUACGAUAUACAAACUGGAUAAUGGACACAAGUAUUUUGUUUUUCAGAACAUCAUUUAGCACUAACUUCUCAGAAUCCGAGUCAGACUGAUGUCAUUAAUUCACGGACAUUUUGAGUAUAAAUAUGUGACACACUAAAACCUUGCCACUUUUCAUGUGAAUACAUUAAGUAAAUUCAGAAUUAUAGUCAACAUUCCUUUCCCAAAAUGAGAUUGGUUCAAUAAAUAGCCUGUGCAGAUACAGUUAAUACUUAGAUAAAGCAAACAUUCAAAAAAUGCAUUUUACCACAUUCUUACAGUACAUCCUUAAUGUGUGCCUCAAAAUUACUAAGAGAAACAGAACUACAAACUGUAGAAGGGUCUCACACACACUGAUAUUAUUCAGUUUAUUGUUUCAAUAAACGUGUCAGAUUAAUGUGACUUUUGACUUCUUUGGGUUGUUAAGCAUGUUUUGUAGUGUUCAGUUUCACGAACCCUAAGAAAGAGCAUUUUAUUUUUAAAAGUGUAAAACUGACAAACAAGACUUCUAUUAAAUACCUUAGUGAAAUAAUGAAGUGACUUUUCCAACCAACUAUCUAUGUGAUAGUUAAUACUAUUUAAAAUGUUUUACCAUCAGAAGAAUACUAUCAGACUGUUAGAAACAAAAUCUAAUUAGAACCAUGUAUAUUCGAAUUUUUUCAAGAGGAAUUUUAACGUAUCUAAUAUAAAUAAUAGUCUUAACCGUAUCUAAGAAAUGGAUAUAUUAUGGCUACGAUAGUUUUUUUAUUGAAUACAGAAUAAUGCACAUCAUAAUUUCUCCACAUUAACAACUAAUAUCUAAUGUCUUUUAGCCUGAACAACAAUGUACUUGAGUAAAUAAAUACUGUGUAUCAGA